CUCAAAAACAUCACACACAAUAAGUUUAAUCGGAAAAAUCACAGGCGCUUUCUUCUUCCGUCAGGUUAAUUUCCUAAUUUAGUCGUUGAAAGGUGAAAUGGACGCCGGAACAAAGGUGAAAAAGGGUGCCGCCGGAAGGAAGGCUGGUGGUCCUAAGAAGAAGCCGGUUUCCCGCUCCGUCAAGGCCGGUCUUCAGUUCCCCGUCGGCAGGUUGGGUCGUUUCCUCAAGAAAGGCCAGUAUGCAAAGCGUGUCGGAAGCGGUGCUCCGGUCUACCUCGCCGCCGUCCUCGAGUACCUUGCUGCUGAGGUUUUGGAGUUGGCUGGAAAUGCUGCCAGAGACAACAAGAAGACCAGAAUCAUUCCCAGACACGUUCUUUUAGCUGUGAGGAAUGAUGAAGAAUUGGGAAAACUUCUUUCGGGCGUGACAAUCGCUCAUGGUGGUGUUCUUCCAAACAUCAACCCGGUUCUUCUGCCCAAAAAGGCUCUUGACAAAGCAACCAAAGAGCCUAAAUCUCCAUCAAAAGCAACCAAAUCACCUAAGAAAGCUUAGUGGAUGGAUAUCACAAUCCAUCAGUUGGUUGUUAAUCUUCUGAACAUUUGUUUGCGAUUUAGGGAAAGUUAGUUAUUGUAGUCUCUCUGUACUCAGAAUAUUAUUGCUGGAUUUAACUAUGUAGAACAACAUCUCGUUUGUUUGAAAUGAAAAUUAGUAUUUUUGUA